AUGUCGAAUCUAAACAAUGAAUUACAGAUAAAUGCAGUGAUACCCGGAGCUACAACCCACAAUGACACACAACCCACUAACACCCAACCCACUAACACCCAACCCACUAACACCCAACCCACUAACACCCAACCCACUCACACCCAACCCACUAACACCCAACCCACUAACACCCAACCCACUAACACCCAACCCACUCACACCCCACGCACUCACACCCAACCCACUAACACCCAACCCACUAACACCCAACCCACUCACACCCAACCCACUAACACCCAACCCACUAACACCCAACCCACUAACACCCAACCCACUCACACCCCACGCACUCACACCCAACCCACUAACACCCAACCCACUAACACCCAACCCAACCACACCCAACCCACUAACACCCAACCCACUAACACCCAACCCACUCACACCCAGCCCACUAACACCCAACCCACUAACACCCAACCCACUCACACCCAGCCCACUAACACCCAACCCACUAACACCCAACCCACUCACACCCAACCCACUAACACCCAACCCACUAACACCCAACCCACUAACACCCAACCCACUCACACCCCACGCACUCACACCCAACCCACUAACACCCAACCCACUAACACCCAACCCAACCACACCCAACCCACUAACACCCAACCCACUAACACCCAACCCACUCACACCCAGCCCACUAACACCCAACCCACUAACACCCAACCCACUCACACCCAGCCCACUAACACCCAACCCACUAACACCCAACCCACUCACACCCAACCCACCGACACCCAACCCAGUGAGGCCAUCGACAUUAGAACUCACCAGCUCCUCCUGUGUCUCCAUGACAACCAGAUUCGCUGCCAGGUUCCGACAUUUGUGGAAGGCUAG